AUGCCUUCCAUCGCCAACAUCGCGGCUCUGGCAGCCCUCUCCGCCAUCCCUCUCGUCUCCGCCCACGGCUACAUCGACGGCAUCACCUCCGGCGGCACGUACUACUCUGGCACUUCCCCCAACUGGGUCUACAACAACGCAAAGCCCGACACCGCCGGCUGGUACGCCAAGAACCAGGACAACGGCUUCGUCGCUCCCAGCACCUACGCCAAUGGCGACAUCACCUGCCACAAGGAGGCUACGGUCGGUGGUGCUCCUGUUCCGGUCGCUGCGGGCGAUACCAUUGACUUGACCUGGAACACUUGGCCAGAGUCUCACCAUGGUCCUGUCAUCAACUACCUUGCUGCUGUCGAUGGCCAGUUCAGUGCGGUCAGUAAGGGUGAUCUGCAGUGGUUCAAGAUUGCCGAGGAGGGUCUCAUUGAUGGGAGCACUGCGCCUGGCAAGUGGGCGACUGAUACGUUGAUCGCCAACAACAACACCGGCAGCUUGACCAUCCCAUCUGACAUCAAGCCCGGCAAAUAUGUCCUCCGCCACGAGAUCAUCGCCCUGCACUCCGCUGGGACUGAGGACGGCACUCAGAACUACCCUCAGUGCAUCAACGUCGAAGUCACCGGCUCUGGCACCGCCAGCCCCUGCGCCGACGGCACCGCCACCUGCAAGACCGGCACUGAGCUCUACACAUCCACUGACGCUGGUAUUCUCGUCAACAUCUACCAGAGCCUGGCCAGCUACGAGAUUCCUGGCCCAGCUCUGUACGGAGCCGCUAGCAAUAAGAGCGUGAAGAGGGCCGCAAUGUCGUUCAGAGCUUAA